GAAUUCAUGAUGGCCCUUGUUCGAAUGGUUCAACGUUCGACACUAUGACUCAAAUGUUGUAGUUGGGAGCUAAAUGGGUUACAGACGUCAUGCAAGUCUUCGUGAAACACGUACUAGUACCUCUGAUUGGAUUAUCAAUACGAAGAGAUUUGAGGACAGGGGUAAAGACCAGGUCUCAAUAUUUAUUGCAAGUGUCAGCCUAAGCCGGUUGAUAGCUGGGUGCCGCCCUGUCGGUUCCGUAAUCUCGAAUGAGGUGCAGCUCAAUAGAUUAAUGGUUUCCUUCAUUUUCUGCCGACGGCGCAGACCCAUGCUGGCCAACAGUAGGGAGAAACCUUGCGUCUCUGCAGAAAUCGCCGGUGCAUAACAAAUACAAAUAUUGAGGUGAAGUCCAUCCUCAUCAAACCUGAGCCGAAUUUGCUGAAUCCAGUGAAGCAGGCAUAAGUGAUUUCAGUGUGUGAAGAAGCCCGAUGAAACCCGAUGGGUCCAUUUCGUAGACAGUGUUUGUUCAAGAGAUGUAAAC